AUGCGACUUUCUGUUUUAAUAUCUAUCUAUCUAUCUAUCUAUCUAUCUAUCUAUCUAUCUAUCUAUCUCUCUAUCUGUUUGUCUUUCUGUCUAUCUCGUCUCAUGCAUAUCUAUCUCGAUUUGUUCAAGUCUGUCUAUCUCUUUAUCUGUCUAUCUUACUUUACACAUAUCUAUCUAUCUAUCUAUCUAUCCAUCUAUUUAAUCUGUUCAUAUUUAUUUGUAUAUUUUAAUCUGUUCAUAUCUAUCUAUCUAUCUAUCUAUCUAUCUAUCUAUCUAUCUAUCUAUUUAAGUCUUCUGUUCUUAUUUAUUUUAUAUUUUAAUCUGUUCAUAUCUAUCUAUCUAUCUAUCUAUCUAUCUAUCUAUCUAUUUAAGUCUGUUCUUAUUUAUUUGUAUAUUUUAAUCUGUUCAUAUCUAUCUAUCUAUCAAUCUCUUUUGUUCCAUAUCUAUCUGUCUGCCUCAAUUUCUACAUAUAUCUCUCUUUUUCUUUUUAUAUCUAUCUAUCUAUCUAUCUAUCUAUCUAUCUAUCUAUCUAAGUCUAUUCAUAUUUAUUUAUCUGUAUAUUUUAAUCUGUCCAUAUCUAUCUAUCUAUUUAAGUCUGUUCAUAUUUAUUUGUAUAUUUUAAUCUGUUCAUAUCUAUCUAUCUAUCUAUCUAUCUAUCUAUCAAUCUCUUUUGUUUUCUAUCUAUCUGUCUGCCUCAAUUUCUACAUAUAUCUCUCUUUUUCUUUUUAUAUCUAUCUAUCUAUCUAUCUAUCUAUCUAUCUAUCUAUCUAUCUAUCUCCUUCUGUUCCCAUCUAUCUAUCUAUCUAUCUAUCUAUCUAUCUAUCUAUCUAUCUAUCUAUCUAUCUAUCUCCUUCUGUUCCCAUCUAUCUAUCUAUCUAUCUAUCAGUUACUCACAAAUUAACCUCUGGCCUAUUAUCCGUUUCUUCUAAAUAA